AUGACGAAGACCGAGAAGACAAUGCCAGGUAUAAAAGAAAAACCGCUUUCAGAUUGUUCUGAAGCACCUGACAAUGAUGAUCAAGUUCAAGAGACAAUCCCACAGGAAAGUGUCAAUCUAAACCGAAGUAUGGAAGAAGAGAAUGACCUAAACAAGACCGCAAAUGAUACAGUCAAUGAUAAUGACGAGAUUUCACUUUUAACAGGGCUUGAUCCGCCUUCCACCUGUCUUGAUGGUCCCGCUGAAAUCAUGUCGUCAAAUAAGAUUGAGGAGACGACGGAGAAUGGCGGGAAGAAGCUAAACAGGAUGAAUAUCGACAAAAUGCUAUUGACACAAGGAUCGAGAAUAUCCGAUCUUGGCGCAGCUGAUGUCUCUGUGAUGUCAAUGGACCCUGAGGGGGUAUGUCCUGGGCAUAGACACAUAGAUAGUAUGUUCCUUACAGAUGACAUGUUGCGGGAGGAUGAUACUCCAAGAGAGUGUGCCGGAGUGGAUGAUAGUAGGCCUCCAUCUCCCUUGAGCGAUAGUGCUGACGUAGUGGAAGAAGAAAAGAAAACUGAAACUGAAAUCCAACAAGCUCCCAAGAAAAAGCUGCAAGAACAGCCAGCCGUUGUUGACGAAAAAAAACUUCAGCUAAAGACCAUCACAAUAGAUACUACACAUGAGCCGUCUGAUGAUCUAUCUGGAGGAAUUUCGAUUACAUCUCCAGAUCGACCAUCGCCACUACGUACACAUCCCAGAGAACAACAUUCCGCAACCAGAGAUCAACAGAUACCAAUUCACUCCUACACUCCUACCGAGCACAUGAUGCCACAUAUUCCUCACAUGCCAGCCUUGAUGAUUCCUAAUCAUCAUUUGCAUGGAUCCAUGGCCCCAAGCCAUAUGAGUGGCCACAUGAGCGGCCACAUGAGUGGAUAUCACACACCAACGCUUCAAGGCUUGCCAAUCAAUCAUCAAGGUCAAAUAAUGAUUAGCACCACUGCUGCUGCUGCUUCGGCUUCUGCUGCGAAUGGUGGCAAACGAAAGAUUCAUUUACGACUUUUGGAAGAUUCACCCAUACGCAGCAAACGAGUCUCCUUCUUCCUUGGUUUGAAAAAGAAACGAGGCAGUCUGCUCAUGACACCCCGAAAUUCUGAUCCACCAGAAGAAGAGGCAGAGCAGGAUGAAUUCAUUGAUCGAGGUCGAGUGACAGUGUCGUGGUACGAGGGAACUUCUUCUUUGGAGUUGUACGAGCACGUUCAGAAUAGUGUCCUGCGAAAAUUGGGCCUGAACAAUACCAACAAGCUAUCGGACUUGAGGAUUUUAGACGAAGGCGUUGACCCUCCAGAAGAAAUUGUUUUGAGCCCUUAUAUUCCCGAUGGAUCCAGAUUACUACUUCGAUUUUCGACGCAAGACAAAGGCGGAGACCUUAGCCCACCAAUCAAACAACCAUACAAUGAUGGACCUCCCAUUUCUCCAUCCGCUGCACCGAGUCCAUAUCGCCGCCCAUCGAUUGAUUUGAAUGAUCUAGGACUCAACCCUGAUCAACUUGCACUUCUUGGGAACCGGUUGAAGGGAUUGGAAAAGACUCCCAGGACAGAACGAAAGAGACAGAAGAAAACAAAGGUUAAUAAGAUUGAAAGCAAAGGCAGCAACGACAGCGACAAUGACGACCUUACAUCUCAAGCGUCAACAACACUAGAGACGAACUCACUGCAUCCCGAGGACCAAAUUGAGAAAAGCCUAAGGCAAAUCACCGAACUCUUGCUAGCGGACCGAACGAAUCGCUAUGUUCCACCAAGACGGCGAGAAAAGAGACAAGUGAUCUUCACCUUAGCGAACUAUUUUGUCUUGUUUCUUUCCUUGAUUGCUAUUUCGGCAGAGAUUCAAGCACGGGCACCCCAAUGGCACAAGUCGAUUGAGCAACAGUUCAAGAAUGUCCAAAGUUGCUCCAAAGACGAAGAUGCUUUAUAUGAAUGCAUUUCCCAAGGAGACUUUGCGGGCUUGAUUGCCUCGGUGGUCUUGUGGAUCAGUAAAUCCGCAGCCACCCGACGAAUUUUCUUGUUUGGAUUUCAAUCACCCCGCAAGUUGUGGGCUGUUGUGUAUGAGUGCUUGGUCAGCUCUGUCUGUUGGGGUUUCUCUUACAUGUUUAUUCGGCGCGGUAUGAAUCCCGAUACCUCGACAAAUUUUUUGCAAAAGUAUUGGAAGGAUGCCGUGUAUGGCAGCUUGGCAGGUUUCAAUGCUGCGUUUAUGAAGCAUGUGCUCAAGAACUUGAUUCCACAAGAAGCAAUCGAAGAUGCACUGAUGCAAGACAAAAGGUUGAAAAUUCUUUCAUGGCUGUCACUGGCAGAAUAA